AAGUAUUUACGGUUCUACAAUCGAAUCGAAAGCCAGGGAAAAAGAACGAAAGAGAGGGAGAGAGAGAGAGAGAGAGAAAAGCAUGAAAGAGUGAGACAGCCAGGAAAAAAAAAGAGAAAAUGUAUGUAUGCGUCUUUCUGUGUAAGCUCACGCUCGCGUACGCGUUCUCCUGUGCGUGAUAAGGGAAAUUAUACGUAUAUUCGCUUGUGUAUGUGAGCAGGAUCGCGUGUGUGAGUGCGCGCGCGCAUGUGAGACGGAAAGAAAAGCAGUGUGAGAGUCAUGUAUAUAUGUAUACAUAUAUAUGUCGUGUACGUAGUGAAACGCUAGACAGGGAGAGGGAGAGAGAGAGAGAGAGAGAGAGAACGAAGGAAGAGUAAAGGACUGACAGACGGGAGCGAGAGAACGGUAGAGAAAGAAAAAGCAAAUGUGUGUACGGGGCUACGUCUGGGACGAUGGUAGAAGCAAGAAACAACUACGAUAUUCCCGCGGAAUUUGCCUAACGUGUUCCAUAGUUCGCUAGUCGUUUUUCACUUGAACGCGGACUUGUCACGGCCUGUGUCGACAGUGUAAUAUCACGUAGGGAACACGCCGAUAACUAGCAAGAAUCCAUACCGAUAAAACGCUCGCACGUUAUUACUGUGUCCGAGAGACAGUUUUGCAAGGAAAUGUGUACAGUUCGUGCGUCCACCCCCUGUCGCCAGUCCCUACCGUCGAGUGCCUUUUCGCCGAGAAAAUGAUGCUGGAUCCGAGCGUACUAACGGAUUUAGAGGAACUGACGCUGUGCAGUUACUGCAAGCAGAAGUAUAACGACGCCGAACAAUGUCCGAAGUACCUUAGUUGCAAACACUACUUCUGCCUGCGGUGCAUAGAAAACAAUUUAUUAAAGGGACGCGAGUUGUUCUGCGCGCACUGUUGGAAGAGGACGGACUUAGGCGACCAAGGGCCGGACGCUUUGCCGACCCAUUCUCCUCUCCUUGCCCUGACUAACAAUCUAUCGCACUUAAUGAUAACGACGAACAACACGUGCGGGAAGAGCAACGACAAGGAGAGAAAGAGUGAGAAUUGUCACACGCAUGGAAUGCCCCUGGCGUUAUGGUGCGCGACAUGCUGUACGGCGCUCUGUAGGGCGUGCGCGACUCCACAGGAGCACCCGGGUCACCAGAUCAAAUCGCAAACCGAUGCCAAAGAACAACUCAUAUCCGACGUUCAAUUGGAAUUAGUUGCUAUGGGGAAGCUGUCAACCGAGAUUCAAAGACUGGCGAUGCAACAGCGGGAAUUCUUGAUAAAAGUGUUGGAGGCAUGCGUGACGCUGAAGACGCACGUCGAGACGGACCUGCAGAACGGCUGGAGCCACUUUCCCGAGAUAACGGACGCGCGCGAAACACUCGGGAAAGCGAAAGCUAGUCUGCAGAUGAUCGAGAGCCCCAGCGACGUGUACAGCCUGCACUCGCAGCUGAUCAUCGAGAAACAAAGAUUACAGUCCAAGUACCAAGAGAUGAUGUUGCAGUGCCAGCUGGACGACCUGAUAGGCAAUUCUGGGGUGGUUUUCGAUUUCGCGCUGCUGAAGCAGGCGCUGGCUGGCAUCCACUCCGGUGAACCGAUAGUCUCCCAAGGGGCUAGCAACGGCGGCCGAUUGCCGAACCAUUUGACAGCUUCGCAGAAUCCAAUAUUGUUCCUGGCAAACUAUUGCAUGUCGCAGCUAUACUCAAGGCACGUGGUCAGCAAACAGCAUAUGCAGAACGGUUCGAUAGAGUACCAUUCGAGCAUGAUGCAGCCGCAACCAGCUCCGCCGGGAUCCGUUCACGUGCACCAGGGCCCGCCACCGUCAGCUACCCCGCAGCAACUUCUAAUCCCACCUGGCUCGCCGUCCGUUAAACCUGUUCCGCCCGCGCCGCCGAACGCGAUGCUACACCCGCAACAAUCGACUUUCAUACCGGAAGGGGUCGGCACUGGUGGCGGAGGCCUGGUUACCGUCCAUUCAUCCUCUCAACCACCGUCCAGUGGAAUUGCGGCAUCACUCCGAGGACCUUCGAACCCCUAUCCUCUCUAUUACUUCAACAUCGAAGUGAACGGAUCGCCUCACGGCCGGAUCGUGAUAGAAGUGAGGCCAGACGCGGCGCCCAAGAUGGCGAAAAAUUUCAGUGUGCUAGCGACCGGCGAGGUGGGGGUCGGUUACAAGGGCUGUGCGAUCUUUCAGUGCUGGGAGGGCGAGUCCGUGAUCACCGGUGACUUCGAAUUGAACAACGGCCGCGGGGGAAGAAGCAUAUUCGAGGACGGCUACUUUAUGCCGGAUGACACCAAGUUCCCGGCAGUUAGGGGAGCGGUGGGGAUGCGCAGAACGCAGAAACGACACGACAACCUCGGCAUGGUGGGAUCGCAGUUUCGUAUCAUACUGCAGGAGAUGCGCGGCUUUACGGGGAUCUUUGGCCACGUCGUAGAGGGGUUGGAGCUGGUCGAAAAGAUAUCUACGUUUGGCGAUCAGACCGGCAAGCCUACGAAGAAUAUUCUAAUCACGAAGUGCGGUAAAUUGUAACGACAACGCUGUCACAGUUAGUAUACGCCGAACGGCGCAACCGGCGCCCGUAUACUUCACGUUACCCCGUUCUAGAUCACUGGAAACUCGACGAGCCGCGACGGUGUGCCACCUUGGGCAACCCCGUUCGCGUUCCUAGGGGCCAAGGGGCGCAGCGUAUGCGAACGACAAACAGUCCUCUAUACAUAUGCGAUAUAUAUCCGGAACGGCGACACGAUAAUUAAAAACGCUGGAAACCGUCGCGGCCUCGGAACAAUCUCCAAAUGGUAAAAGAAUCGCAAAGAUGCUCCGGUACGAGUCACACAAUUUAAUUAACUAUUAACAAUAGUAAUUCUAAAGAUGUUGAAUCUAUUUUUAAAACGUGGACGCAUAAGAGAAGAAAGAAGAAAUAAAGAUCCAUAUUUUGCUAUUGAUUGGGAAUCAAUAUGAUUCUGUAUCUACAAUAACGACGAUGAUCGAUGAUGAAACAAAAAAAAAAUACGUACCUCAAGAUCGAUCGUGAUAUCGAUACGACUUCUAGCUGUACAACAAUUUGUUUUAGAAGAAGUUCGACGUUUAUUUUCGCUAUCGGCGUAUUGCUACGUAUAGUUGAUAAAGGGUAAAAAUGAUCCCGCGGGAAUUUCAAAAGUUCCGUGUCGGAGACAAGCAAAACAAAACGACAAAAAAAGAUAAAAUAUUGAAAAUAUUACGGUGCCGUCGUCCCGCUGGCGCCGAUAAAAUGGUGUUUUAGGUUGUAGCUAGUGAAAGAAACGAAGACACGUCAGAAACAGAUGAAAUAGUAAAUCGAACACACAAACACGUACACAUCGACACGCGUAGAAGUGUGGAUAUCUCCGGGGGCGAACUUGUAUGUGCUUACACACGUGUAUUCAUAUAUUUGUAAAAACGGGGGAAAUACGUACACAGAAGCGGUAACUUUUUUUUUGUUUUAUAACCGAGAAAAUAAAAAGCGCGCGCGACUUCGUAAAAGUCUAACAAAUCGUGAUUCCACAUAUAUACAUAUAUAAAUAUAUAUGUAUACAUAUAUAUAUAUAUAUACGCAGGUCGUUUAGAAGUUAACCGAACGGUACGUAGGUGCGUGAAGAUAAAGGGCCAAUUCCGUGUUUCGUCCGAUCAACGAUCACGUAUCGUUCUGUUCUAGGGGGUGGGAAAUUAAAAACGAACGAAAAAGAAAGAAACAAAUACACACACACACACGCAUACAUACAGUCACACAUUUAAGAGAGAGAGCUAAAAGGGAAUGAGCGAGCCACGCGAAACGACACGAAACGAAACUAAACGCGGCGAGUCGGGGGAACAAAACAAAGCGCGAAGAGAAACAUUGUUCCCGUCGAGCGACUCGCGAGAGCACACGCUCCUCCCUUUUCGUUCUUUGCUGGUCUCGUAGGCCGUCGCGAAUUUAACUGUAUUUAAGAUUAGAUCUCAACAUGAAAAUGUAUGCAAGGGCCUAACUACUACUAUUGUAGAUCGUAAGCCUCUCGUCGUCUAAUCGGUGAAAAAAAGAAAUGGUACCGGAAACGAACUACGGAUAAUAUAAAAAUGAAGGCGAAAAAAGCAAACUAUAAGCGGAUGUAUAUUAAACGAAAAUCAUUCCUCGAUGCUGUAUAUCGAAGCACUACGAUGUAAUGUAAAAUGCGUUAUGUACUACUCGUCUGAAUCCUCGUAAGAAAAUCCCAUCGUUAUGUAUCAUAAUCGUCGUAUGAUGUUGCUCUCGGUGCGUGUGCGGACGGUCGAUUCGUCUCGAGAGGAGAGUGAUAAUUCUAUGGUGUUUUCUGUGAAAUCGGCGAGCGCGUAGACGAAAAGAAUGGAAGACAACAGAAUACCGUGUAACGUGAACGGAAAGUGAAGCGAAGCGUAAACGCACUCUCCACACGUAUUCGUAGGUUAACAAAAAAAUGCAAAGAAGAAACAAAAAAAAUAAUAAUUGCACGCCCUCGACGUCGCGGAUAUGCCUUUUUCGAAGAAAGCCUCAUUCGAUGUUGAACUUGAAAGUUUUAACACUUGUUAAUUAGCUGGUAAAUAUCGCGGGUUCUGCGGCCCCCGAGAGAGACAGACAGAUAGAGAGAGAAAAAGAGAGAUCCGGGCCGCACUACACGGAUAAACGUAAACAAUUGCCGUUUAGAGUGUAACACUUGCGUAAUACGUAUGCCGAGUCGAAUAAUUGGGGGUGGGGGGGUUAGUCGGGGCACACGAACGAAUUUCUCUCGUUUUCUUUUUCUUUUUUUUCUCUGAACGCGGUCAUGCGAAAAACACAGAAAGCUGAAUGACCAUGUUAGUCGUCGGGAAUGUUGAAACUUUCGAAUUCUAGACGUGGUUGUAUCUUCGAAUGGAUUGUAAAAAUGAAAGAGACGAUAUUCCUGUUUACCGAGCGAAGCUAGAAAAACCCACCUGUAUACACACAAUACCCACGCGCGCGCGUAUAUACUACAUAUAUUUUUAUGAACGUGAUGAGGUAACAACGCAUAGCUUGUAAUAUCGAUUCAAACAACUGACGGUUUACCUUGCCCCUCGCGUUCGAAUUAAACGGUUGAGCGGCUACAACUCUCGAUAAGUUUUCAUUUCCUUUGAAUUUUUCCGUCUUUCUUUUUUUAUUAUUAUUAUUAUUUUCUCACUCUCAACCUCUCACACUUUCCUUUCUAUCUUUCGUUUCCUUUGAUCUUUUUCCCUCUCUCCACGUAAGUUAAGGCGUUAAUCAUCAUUACACAUGGAAAAUUGAGAUCAUUUUGUUUGAAGCCUACGGAACCGCAUAUCCGUAGCGCACACGCUUGAACAGUUUUAUUAUUUCAUUAUACAUGUACGAAACGAAGUUCGUUGCCCAAUUUAAAUGUACUUUUAAUCAAUCGAUUUUUUUGGGUUAUAAAUUGUUUCUCUUUCA